AUGUUUCACGUUGUUGGUAAUCCUUCCGUUGAUGAUUGUAGGAUUCCUCAUCUUCUCAGUUUUCGUUGUUAUUCCCCUAGCGUUUAUAUUUGCAUCAUGGCGGUGGUGGCUGAAAGGGUUCUCUGGGUGGCAAUAAAGGCUAUAUUAACAAGGUUUCCAGAUUCGAACAUCUACAUUUACACAGUGGAGAAUGCAGAGCCAAAAACAAUACUUGACAAAGUGCAAAACCAAUUCAAUGUAAAGGUCGACCCCGAGAAGAUACAUUUUGUGCGACUCAGCCUGCAGUGGGCGAUAGAAGCAAAGUCAUAUCCAUAUUUCACUUUACUCCUACAGAGCUUAGGCUCAAUGAUCUUGGGAAUGGAGGCUUUUAUGAAGCUGAAUCCAGACAUCUACAUCGACACCACCGGCUUCGCGUUCACCUACCCCAUCUUCAAGUAUCUGGCGCAGUGCCGUGUGGGUUGCUACGUCCACUACCCGACCAUAACACGCGCGAUGAUGCAACGCGUCAAGCAUCGUAUCGUCGGCUACAACAACUCCAGCCUCGUCGCACGAAACCCGAUCAUCACAUGGCUGAAGCUUGUCUAUUACAAGUUGUUCGGUUGGAUGUACGGCGUGGUGGGGCGCUGCGCGGACGUGGUGAUGGCCAACGGGACCUGGACCGAGGAGCACCUCAAUGAGGUCUGGCAGCUGCCUUACACCGUCCAUAAGGUCUACCCACCUUGCGAGGUGACCGAGCUGAAGAAGCUGCGCUCUCUGGUGAAAGAGUCUGACCCCAUAAGGAUCCUGUCCGUGGCCCAAUUCCGCCCCGAGAAGGACCAUCCGCUGAUGCUGCAAGCGAUGUACGAGCUGAGGAAUCUCCUCGUCAAGAAUGAGAUGCUUUGGAAUAAGAUGAGACUGGUGCUGGUGGGCUCCUGCCGCAACCGCGAGGACGAGGAGCGGGUGCAGAACUUGCGGGAUCUGGCGAAGCACCUCUCCCUGGAGGAGAACGUGCAGUUCGUCGUGAACGCCUCCUACUCUCGGCUGCUGCAGUUCUACCAGACCUCCACGGUGGCCCUGCAUGCCAUGUGGAACGAGCACUUCGGCAUCAGCGUGGUGGAGUGCAUGGCUGCCGGCCUGGUGACGGUGGCGCACCGCUCGGGCGGGCCCCUGCUGGACAUCGUGCGGGACUCCCCGACCAGGAACGGCUUCCUGGCCUCGGAGCCGGGGGAGUACGCCAGGGCGCUGCUGGAGGUGGUGGCGCUGCCGGCCGAGUUUCGGCGCAAGAUCGUCCAGGCCGCCAGGGACUCCGUCGAGCGCUUUUCAGAGAUGGAGUUUGAGAAGGCAUUUGUGAGAGCGGUAGAACCUCUCUUUAACAUCUCAGCU